AUGGCGUUGGCGCGGCUCGCGUGCAGCGGCUGGCCCGGCCUGGGUCGGAGCGCGUGGCGGCUGCCCCGGGCCGGCUUCUCCUCCUCCUCCUCUUCCUCCUCCGGGAGCCCCGGGCGAGGCUGGAGCUGGCCGCCCCCGAGGGUCCUGCUGGGGGCCGCCUUCGCCUUGGGAGCCGCGCUGGGCACCGGCCGGACGCUGCGCCGCCGCUUCGGAGCCCAGGAACAGCUGGCCGAGCAGCAGCGGGACCUGAUCCUGCCGGACAGCCAUCUCCAUCUGACGCUCUACCAGUAUAAAACCUGUCCGUUCUGCAGCAAGGUCCGAGCUUUUCUGGAUUAUCACCAGCUGCCUUAUGACAUUGUGGAGGUGAACCCGGUCAUGCGGAAAGAAAUCAAAUUUUCCUCCUACAGAAAAGUCCCCAUUCUGCUCAUCGAUACGGGCAGCACUCUGCAACUGAACGACUCUUCCGUGAUCAUCAGCGCCAUUAAAAGCCACCUUAUAUCCAGGAAGAGCUUGGAAGAAAUUGCCUCGUACUACCCGUCUAUAAAAGCCACCAACAGCGAAGGGAAGGAGGUGGCUGAGUUUGGGAACAAAUAUUGGUUGAUGCUGAACAACAAGGAGGCCCUCUGCGUUUAUCCGGUCGAGGAAGUCAGGAAGGAGGAAAUGAAAUGGCGGAAGUGGGUGGACGAUCGGCUGGUCCACUUGAUCUCUCCCAAUGUUUACCGCACACCGGGAGAAGCCUUGGCCUCCUUCGACUACAUCGUGCGGGAAGGGAAGUUUGGCCUAGUGGAAGGGUUUUUUGCCAAAUACGUGGGGGCGGCCGCCAUGUUCUUCGUAAGCAAGAGGUUGAAGAAAAGGCACCAUAUGCGGGACGAUGUCCGGCAAGACUUGUACGAAGCGGUGGAAGAUUGGCUGAAGGCUGUUGGCAAAAAUAGGAAGUUCAUGGGAGGAGAGCAGCCGAACCUUGCAGAUUUGGCGGUCUACGGGGUCCUACGGGUGAUGGAAGGCCUGGAGGCUUUUGACGACGUGAUGGUGCACACCAAGGUUCAGCCUUGGUACCACCGCAUGGAGGAUGCCAUCGGGCAGGGGGAGAUGGCCAGCUGUGCCCAGUGCUGAAUCUCGGGGACUGAGAUUUCGCCUCGCCUAGGAAAAGCAGAUUCGAUUUAAAGCAGUGUAGUUCUGCGCAUUGGACCGGACGGGCACCAAAGGGGCACCGGAAUAGAACUUAAAUCACAGUCAUAGGAGAAUCUCAAUGGAGAUAUGGAUUUAUUUUGAUUUUUAGGGAAGCCUGCAAAGCGCCAAGAGGAGACUGGGUUAUUUGGAGGCCGGGUUUUGAGUUAAAGGCAGCUUGUAAGCAUCUUUCCUGGUCACUUCCAAAAAACACGAAAUUCAGCCUGGAUGGAAGGAAACAAAUGCUUGGACGCUCCUGCGAAGCUUCUUCUGCUCCAGGCAGAAAAUAUUUUGAAUUGUCCUGACGCCCGGGUUUAAUUUUAGGAUUUCGGUACCGGCUUAUGAAAGGAAAUGCUUCUUUCUCACGUUCGGUUUUAAACGGUUAUAUAUUCUGGGAUGCCUGUUAAAUCAGGAUUGGCUUGCGUUGCAGGCAGGUUUUUCUCUUCAAAUUGCAAUUCUUUUUUUGUUUUAGAAGCCUCUGAGUUGCUUAGAGGUGGCAAUUAUAGGCACAUAACGAUGCUUUUAGAAUGAUACUACUGCAACAGUUUUGAUAGUGUUAUUUGGGGAAACAUCUCUAUUCAAAUUCAGAUAGGAAAUUGGGAGCAGACGGUUAAGGAAAAGGAUAAUAAGAUCCUGCCCUCAGGAUUUUAUGACGAAACUCGGAUUUAGCUAAACUUAAAAAGUGGGUCCUUGGUACCAGAAUAGCUCAAGUGUGAUUCCUGUGCACUAUUUUAGCCCAUAAAUUUCUUUACUGUGGCUGUGAUAUGACAAGGGAGCUGGUUCACGAAUGAAUUAAUCUGCAACAUUGAUAUCGCUCUUAUGUUUCAGAUUUUUAGAAGAGGGGUAUAGACAUAUUUAAGGAUUGCCAACUAAAAUGAUUCUCAUGAAAUUAAAUGUUGUUUUGGUCAGAAAGAUUUGCAUUUAUCCUAACAGUCGCCAAGGUGUUCCUUUUGGUGGUUUUAAAGAAACGACUCUUUGCUUACCAUCCCUGCCUCAAGCAUAACAUUUGAGAAGUAAGUUGAGGUCAAAUGAGUGAUUGCUUUGUGUAUGAAAUAACAAAUACAGACUUAAUUUCUCAAACUGGGUUUUUGAUCUGCCCUUUUGAGAGGCAGAUUUUGAGGCAAAAAAAGCUUGGCCUUUUUUCUGAGUGAUCCUAAACCUGUGUGAUGUUCAGCUUAGGAGGCAAAAACCUUCACAAAGGUCUUCCAGCUCAGGAAAGCAAAAGUUACAAUAAAAUGGGGUCUUC